AUGGAUGGUAUAGGCAAAACUACCCUUGUUGAUGCUGUUUACAAUGAAAUCUCCUUAGAGUUUGAGAGUCGUUGCUUCGUUCAUAAUGUUACAAGGCAAAUAGAAGAUAAAGUGAUGCUUUCAGUAAGAAAUGAACUUCUCUCCAAACUACUAGGGAACGAAACUGAUAUAGACACCCCCACCAUAGGAUGCCCUGUAACCCAAGAGAGGCUCGAUAACAUAAAAUCAAUUGUCGUGCUUGAUAAUGUUAAUGACCCAGAGCAUAUAGAUCUUAUGGGUAUGAAAUAUUUUGGAGAGGGAAGUAAAAUUAUUAUUACGUCCAGUGAUAGACAAGUGCUUAAGAAUGGGGGAGCUGACGAAAUAUAUAAGGUGAAAAAAGCUAAAUGA